AGAAUUGUUUUCCGUAAAAUGUAGUUUUCUCGACUGUCGCUUCAGUUAAGGUGUAAACGAUAACAUUCUGGAAUUUUCAACAUAGGAUUGGGAUGAUAGGGAUUGCCUGUUUCUUCGCUUUUUUCAGAUCGCUGACAGUACGUAAAUGUUUGGUCAUGCUAAGCCUUGCAAAUGCAUAAAGUCUGUGUGCAACACUUUUAUUCCAUGUCAUGCAGUGGGCUAUUUUAUCAUGUCUAGUAGGCGCGUUUCUGUUUUAGUUUCAGAGAGCAAGAUAACUCGGAGCUAUUUAUUUAUUUAUGUCAUUCUUGUGGAUGAAAAUAUUGCAUGGAUGUCACAGCGCUUCCUUAGGGAGUUCGAGUCCGGUGGGCUCUUUGUCGUCGGAAGACCAUGACUUUGACCCCACAGCAGAGAUGUUAGUUCAAGAGUAUGACGACGAGAGGACAUUAGAGGAGGAAGAGUCAUUGGAGGGCGAGAGGAAUUUCACCUCGGAGAUAGCAGAUCUGGAGAAGGAGGGGAACAUGCCAUUGGAGGAGUUAUUGGCCAUCUACCGCUACGAGGCCUCCGUCAAUGCCGCGGCCAGCUCCAGUAUGGACAGUUCCUCCGGUGAGCUGACGGACGAACUCCCAGACAUGACGCUGGACAAGGAGGAGAUAGCUAAAGACCUGCUGUCCGGGGCCUACGAGGAGGAGACCCAGUCCUCGGCCGAUGACCUCACGCCCUCCGUCACUUCCCACGAGGCCACCGACUUCUUCCCGAGAACGCUCAGAUCAAACACUAUCUACGACGGGGACAAGGAGUACGAAUGUGAAGAAGAUGCCCCGAACCCUGAGGACUCCAGAAAGGAAAUCAUGGUGGGGUCACAACACCAAGCAGAGGUCCCCACUUGCCUCUGUCACUAUGGCGACGGGGAGAAGGCGUACGAGGACGACGACCAGUUGUUAUGGUGCCCUGACUUGUUGUCAGAGAACAAGGUGAGGGACUUCCUGUGUGAGGCGUCGUCACGGACGACGGGCGAGAAGACGGGCAGUGACAAGCUUGGGUCGCAUGUAAGAGACAAUGAACAGGCUUUGUCUGAGCUUAUGACAUGCAACUACAAUACCCAGCAAGCCCUGGAAAGGUAUUGCAGUAACGUGAAAUCCUCUAAAGAAGACUCGCCUCCGUGGUCAGAAGAUGAGUGCCGAAACUUUGAAGAUGCACUACUGAUAUACGAAAAAAACUUUCACCUUAUACAGAAACACAAGGUUACGACACGUACAGUAGCGGAAUGCGUGGCCUUUUACUACAUGUGGAAGAAGUCCGAGCGCUUUGACUUCUUUGUGCAGCAGAAUCGGUUUGGGAAGAAGAAAUACAGCAGCUAUCCUGGCGUGACGGACCUGAUGGACAGGCUGGUGGACGAGGCGGAGGGUCUGGCUGUGGACAGCUCGUCCUCCGUGUGCUCUGGGGGUGGAGGAGGAGGAGGAGGAGGGAGGAUGGAGCCCACCUCGGAGCAGCAGCUCAGCCUGCUCAACUCCAUCACCGCCAGUGACCUCACAGCUCUGAGUAACACCGUGGCCACGGUGUGCAGCCCCGCGGAGGUGGGCUGCCUCGACUCCUACAGCUUCCCCCCUAUGGACAGCCUCCACCGGGGCCCGCUGAGCCACGACGAGCCCCUGAGCUUCCCUUCCAACGGAGGAGACCCCGACUGCCUCAACAUGCUGGACGCUGGCUUCUACCACUCGGACCUGGGGCAGCUGGGAGGGGUGUGCGGGGGCAAGGACUGCGAGCGCCCCUCCAAGAGACUCAAGAUGGCGCUGCCCGACUCCUUCAUCAACGACGUGUCGGUGGCGAACCUGGGGGUGGACUUCGAAGGGCGCCGGACGACGGGGCACCGCCGCAUCACCGGGGCUAAGAUGGCGGUGUCGGUCACAGACUUUGGGAGCUUGGCCGGCAGCGGCGAGCCCAACGGGUUUAUGGGAGUGCACUCUCGGCAUCACACACAGCACAGCACGGCGAUGCAAUCAGAGUGACCUCCGUCGUGACCCCAGCAUCCCUUUGUGUAUAUAAGACUCACUCACUGGAGAUUUCGAUUUCUUUGAUUAUAUUAUAUAUGAAUAUACUUUUUUUUUUUUUUUUUUUUUUUCUCUUCCCAAGAUUGUGUAAUAUGACAUCAGUGAUGUCUUUAUGGUAUAGAACUAAAGAUCUUGAUUUCUCAAGAGUUUACAUAGCCAUUUGUUUUCUGCAGCCUGAAGGCGCGUCUGUGUACAGUCGGAGCCCAGAGGCUGCUAUGGGAGAGCCUUCGCUCCUCCUCCCCGUCCCCCACUCAUCCUCACAGAGCGUCUUCAGAAAAGACCUCAUCCUGCCACUCAGUACAGCUGCCAAAUACAGGUCCAUUGUCCUUUCAUAGCUUGUUUGUUUACUUGUUUGUUUUUCUUUGCCCUUUUUUUUUUAUUUAAAGUGGUACUUUCCAAUCAGUGUUUACAGGUACUCGCUGUACAGAUGCCAGGGCUGGUCACAUGCGGAUGUCUGUCUGAGAGAUGUGGGAAAAUGCAACGAUACUCGCUUGCAUGGAGACUUGGUCUUUUGUCGACGAGGAGCACCUGAGUUGCUAUGAUGUCCCGUAUUGUCGUCUUUCUCGUCCUCGUUUUUUUUGUUUGUUCUUUGGAGGAGGAGGGUCCUGUGGAACUUUGUUUUGUACUUAAGUCUGCGUGUUUACUUUUUGAACUGUCCAAAGUGGCCAAAUCGGAUGUGAAUGUUCUCAGAUAAGUGAUUCCAUACUCAUCAUUUCCUCCUGGGACUGUCCUUAGUGGUGAGGCUUUUAAUGAUACCUGCUUUAGCCAAGCUAAACACGUCCCAUUUGGCCCCAGUCCUGUCAAGAGCGACAUUACUGAGCUCCAACCUUACUCAAACACCCGUGAGGAUUAAACCGCAAUCAAGGCAAUAUGUAACAGAGACUGUAGUAUCUCUGGAAUUCAGUCUUAUUGAUUGGAGAUCAUUAUAGUUCAUACACAGUAAUGUACAUAGUUUCUCUUCUAUUCUUUGGCUAUUGUCUUUUUUUUUCUUUUUUGAAAAUAAUGUAUUUGGCCCAAUUAAGGACUUUUUAUGCAACUUUUGAACAAGUAGCAUGUUUAAAAUUGAGUGUAAUUGUUGCUCAUUCUUUAAAGCUCUUCCUGCAUUUCAAAAUUGAAGCUCUGUUUUGAAACUACUUAAAGGCCUACAUAAGCUUAUGAACAGUAUUAUUUCCUAAUGCCACUUUUAUUGUCUUGUCGUGUGACUUCUACAACGACGGCGGAGAGAGACUGCUUUGUGUUGUUCGGGCCAGAGUUUCAUGUCCAGUCAGGGUCUGAUAGCAGAAAUGUCACUUUUUCUCUUGACUGAAUUUAGUUAUUGUGAAUUAUUGCGUGUUUCGGAGGGUCAUUGUCAGUUUGAUGGAUGCAGUAGUAGAAGUAGAAGUUUACUUAAUUUAUCUAUGCAUUGUGAUUUUGAUCAUUAUUUCUCUCAGGAGAAUCCAUCUCCAAAUGUCAGUCACAUUAAUCCAUAUAUUUGCCUAAAAACAGACCAUCCAUUUUAUUACUUAUUGUAAGUAUAGACGGGUUUCCUGCUUUUAGCUAAUGUUUAGGGUUAACAAGCUGGUGUCUGGGUCAUUCUCCUAGACGGCUUGUGUUUUGACCUUUUACAUUACAUUUACGGUGUAAAUAAUGAGCAAACUAGCCUUGGGAACGUCUAUAAACUGACCUCUUCUAUAUGUCAAUCUGUGAUGAUACAAAGACUUCUGUUUGAUUCCUUGUAAAAAGGCAAUAAUGUGUAGAUAUGUACAGACAUUACAUGUCAUUGCGUUUAACUGAUGGCCUUUCGGUAUUCGCAUUUUUAGCGGGAACAUCCCAUUUCCGACUCCUAGGGAAAGCUACAUCAUGCAUGCAAGCUGGGCCUGCUCUCUGAACCACUAAUGGCUUUACCUAAGACUGACAAUGUAUUAUUCAGUGUUGCAUUUUUUUGCGUUUUGAAAUCUGCAAUCGGUGUCUAAAAGAGUUCCAUAUUGUAACUUUCUCUUUCCCCCAUCAUGUUGUCGUCUGUUUGUGUUGGACAGUAAGAGGUGGCAGCAGUAGGCAGUAUACAUAGAGUGAUAACGACUCCCCUUCAUACACUGUGCAGAUGCAGUAGGUCCUCCAGACUAGCUUUAGCAUUGCAGCUUGGUAUUUAUUUCAUCUGUGGUUUGUACAAAGACUCAGAAACUGUCUGAAUGUAAAGGCCGUUGACUCGUAGAGGAAUAUGUAGAUUUAUUUUCCACCCUGUCCUAAAAUCUCAUAAUGUGAUAUUUUAUUGAAUUCUCUGGAAUGAGACGUGUGUAAAAAAAAAAAAAAAAAAAAAAACAGCACUAAACUUAAUUUCCUUUUACAUUUUGUAUUGUGUUUUGAAGUUUAAAAAGGAGAAAGAAUUAUAACAGUUGUGGUUUUAAGAAAAAAAUCCAGUCGUUUUGAAGAAAAGAAUAGACCUUUGUGAAUACAUACAAAACAUAUAAAUGUAUAUCCAGAAAUAUAGACAAUCAAAAGGAGAUCUUUAUUGUUUAUACGAUUUGUACAUAAACACUUGAGUUGUUUUUCUUUUGUUUUGUUAAGCAUUAUUUUGUAUUUUUGUUGUACUUUAAUACAUGUACAGAUCCAGAAAUAAAGCUCUGGAAAAAUU